CCCGGGCCUGUCCGCGCCCGGAACUUUUCUUCUCCGUCGCGGGAACGGUUUCAGCGCUGCAUCGCCGCGGUUCCGCAAGAUGGCGGCGCCCGCUGGCCGCUGCUUGUGGAGAGUACUGGCCCCGCGUCGCGGGUGGGUCUUCCUCGGGCUCGACCAGCGCCUUUCUGCCGCCCCCGCCUUGGUGAGCGCCGUGCCGCCCGCCCGGUCCUACGCUGCGGCAGCGAAAACUGCAAAAAAAGAUUCACAAAAGACCAAGCAGGAAGAAACAAAAAAGAAACAAGUGACUAGGAGGCGGCCGCUGAUGAGCAAGCCGGUGGAUGAUGUAUACUUGACAUGGUAUUAUGAGCGGCCAUCCUAUGACGUGGAAGAGGCUGUGGGUAUGCUAAAGAAAUUCCAGGAACUGGAUUUCACUCACCCCCAGCAGUAUGUCUACAUUAACGUAUUCCUGGAUAUGGCACUACAGAAGAAGAAAAAAGUGGAUCCAUUUGCAAGCACUGUUCUUCUUCCGUAUCGCUUCACAGAUGAAACAAAUAAGGUCUUGGUCUUCACAGAGAACGAGCAAGAAGCUGAAAUAGCUCGGGAGAAUGGAGCUGCUGUUGUGGGAGGAGUUGAAUUAAUCAAAUGGAUCUUAGAAGAUGAAAUCCAAGUGGACUCCUAUGUAGCUGUUCCUGCAAUUAUGCCUAAGCUAAUACCUUUAAGGAACAAACUAAGACGAAAAUAUCCAAGCACAAAGAGAAAUUCUCUGGGCCAUGAUAUUCCCAAAAUGCUGCAACUCUUCAGAGAAGGUCUUGAGUACAUGGUACAAGACGAGUGUGUAAUCAAGACCAGAAUAGCAAGACUGGAUAUGCCUAAUGAGCAGAUAAUUGCUAAUCUACAAACAGUUAUCAAUGAUAUCUGCACCUUCAAGCCAUUGACUUAUGGUCCUAUUGUGCAGAGGUUGGUUAUUAGAUCGUCAACCAGUGAAGGUUUGCUAUUGAACCUUGAUGGACUUCUACCUCAGGUGGAGAAAGUAGAAGAAGAAAAAAAUGCAGAAGAUGGUGAACAAAACCAUGUCCAAGAAACUGUUAGUACCUGAUGCCUUUUCUUGUGGAUCUGAUGAUCAAGCUUGGAAGGCAAAUGGUGUCAUUCAAAUCAUACUUUAUGAAAAGAAAAAACUAAAUGUAACAUGUGAAUUUCACUUGUCAAUUCUGUGUACCAAGAAACAUUGUCACAAACAGGAGUUUGUUGUCAAAACUGAAAAUGUGUGUUGGUAGCUGAAAGCUCCUUAGUUUGUGUAUUGUUGUUUUCUUUGCACAUAAUGGUUCUUACUUUAAUAAAAGUAUUUCUGUAACUACUGAA